AUGUCAUCUCGACUUCCAUUCGAAAUCCUUGCCACAAUCGCAACCUACAUCUCCCAGUCAGACAGACUUGCUUGCACAACCGUAUGCAAACACUGGAAAUCCUCCUUUCAAGUCUCUCUUUGGCGCACAUUGGACAUUAAUGAAAAUCGAAUAGAAGCUAUUUGCAACAACUCAUCCUCGACAGGGCAGCCAAUCUAUUCGAUCAAUGGCAACCGUGUCCAGACCUUACGAUUCAGGAAAUCUGUCGAGGCAACAGACGACCAGCUACACACCGUACAGCAGACCUUUAAACAAUUAAAACGCCUAGAGAUCGAAGAACAUGCGCUCAGCAAACACAAUUUUGGACUAAAAGCUGAUUGGAGUCUCUGGAGAUCCCUGACAGCCCUCGACAUGUACCUACCAGAUCUGGACGACAAGAUCAGAAAAUACGAAAUGUUCAAGAUCCUGUCCUGUUUACCCUGUCUCACACGACUCGACAUUGAGGCCAAACUCGAGGACACUCGCCCAAACUACACCUGGGAAGUCUUGGAAAAUAUUCACGCAUAUUUACCACGACUUGAAUACCUACACACCAAUCUACCCCUUGCCGCAAUAACCAGUGCCGACAUCAAGACAAUCAACCAUGUCACGCCUGCCAAAAACCUGAGUGUAAUAAAGCUUCUGGAUCACAACAUGGAUCUCGGAUGGUUAUUUUAUUUUUCGCUCAAGUAUCCCAAGGUGCGCGUUUUCGAGUCAAGCAUGGUAUUCAGUAAAAUCAACCGGAUUGAAGAUUCACCGAGUGAAGAGGUCAUGUCGAUUAUUAUGGCCGCUUCGUUCCAAUUCCCUCACCUAAAGUCAGUAGUCAUCAGCCACGAAGCAGUGGUUGGCUCCCAGCACACGGUGUUUUGGAAACUGCUCCACCAGCUCACAAGUUCACUGCGGUCAUUGGAUUACAGCUUGGAUCUGGCGAGUUUUGGAAACGGGCUUUUUUCAGGUUUCCCAAGAGAAUCCGUGCGGUUUUCGUCAACGACACUCGAAAGGCUCAGUCUGAUCAUCAAUGCAAAACCCCAUGUCAUGAGCAUCCUGCCGCUCAAUUUUGGAAGCUGUUCUCGUUUAGUUGAUCUAACGACCGAGGUGUCAAAGGGAAUUAUCGAGAUUGAUGUUCUCCUGGACAGUUGUACAUCCCUAAAAUCGAUCCACAUGCGAGACGAAUUGAUAACCCUGAGUCCGAAAGCAUAUGCAACCUCGACACCACAUGGCUUACAGAAGAUGGAGAUCAUCAAUUCAAAGGUCGACUCACACGUAUUUAAUUUCAUUUCCUUGCGUUGCAGGCAAUUAAGAGAGAUGGCACUAUGCUCUGUCAGAGUACCGGGAUCUAUUUCUCAAGAGACAGGGAAUAUGUGUAUCGAUAUGUCCUACACUCACUUUGAGGUUCUAAAGCUUCAUGAUGUCACAUUCUAUUGGCUGAGCGGUGAACUUGAAGCCGUCAAUGAUCGUGACGAUGGUGAUGAUCAGAAUCAAGAGGAGUCAUCUAGCGGCAGCAGUAAUGGAAAUAGUGGUGAUAGCAAUAGUAAUACCAUUAUUGAUAUUAGUGGUGGUGAUCGAAGCAUAUUACGCCCUUAUGAAAUUUAUACUAUAAAUCUGAUUGCUAUUGAACGACUCAACUCUGUAUUAAGGCCCAGACAUCUUGGGGCACCAAAGCCACUCAUACAUGAUGGCCAGGACCAUGGAGUUUCGAUCGACAAACGGGCGUGGUUCCAUCACUACUGGGGAAAUACCAACAAAGACCGACCAAGACAGGUGUGGAUGCUAGGAAAACCUCAGGUGAAGCAUGUCCAGGACUACUUUGAAUCGUUUCAGACUUCCAGUGCGAAUGAUUAUCUUUCAAAUGAGAACCGAUAUCCGGUGGGCUUAGUUGUCAAGCGCUUCUGGAAACGCGACCUUCCACGAGGCUAUGCCACACUGCGGUGCGGAUACAUCGGCAGAUAUGACAUUGAUGGUACACAUUUUGAUCAUGAUGUGGAUGUCUUAUAAACCUUUACUUUCAUUUUCACUCUCACUUUUAGCUAACCAUUUUUUUUUAAAUUUUCUUUAUGCAUUGUAUUUAUUUUCGCUCUAAUAACUCUCUUUCUAUACUGUAAUUUCUUCCCAUUUAUUUCAUCAUUUCCUCCUUAUUCUUCUUAUUUCCUCUCUCUCUCUCUCUCUCUCGCUUUACCUUAAUAUUUUCACUCCAUACAACUCUUUAUGCCUACAUCUUUAUACCCCCCACCACCCAUAACCAACCAUCUUUUGAACAUGCAAAUUCACUACAUAUUUAUGCCCCUCACACAAUUCUUCAUUUUUAACUUUUUUAUGAAAAAUUUUUCACACUCUCCCUUUCACUUCUUGUUCUACUCUUUUUUUUUCUGUUAAUAUAUAAGCAUACAUAUAUAUUUGCGUUUAUACUUGCGUGUAUUUUUGAUCUUAAUUUUGAUUUUAUAUUAAAAAAAAACAUAAUAAAAACAAUUCAUCAAAGC